GCUCUCCCCACCACAACGGCCAGCACCCUGGCGCGGCUGAUCUCCUCCCCUCCUUCCUCCCCUCCUUCCUCCCCUCCUUCCUCCCCCGUCCUCCUUCGCACGCCCUGCCCUUUGUUGCUCGCCACCCUUCCCUUCCCCCUGCCGAGAGCGCGCUCCGGAGCUGCUCGCGUAUCCGUGCACCGGGUGCGCCCCACGAUGUCCGUCCCGGCCGACCGCCCCCCCGGCGGGGCCGCGCAAGGCGCCAGCGGCCUUCCCUCGCUCCCUUCGGAACCGGCUGCCGGGGUGGCGGCGGCACCGGCGGCCAUGGGCACGCGCCGCGGGCCCGUGCGCGGCCCCGGGCCUUCUCGAAUGAGCGUGGCCAGCACCAGUUCCUCGGCCCAGGGAUCUCCCUUGGCCGUCGGCGAGGCGGACCUGUCCAGUAGCGAGGCGGGUCCGGCUCGCGUGGGGCCGGGCCUGGCGUCGCCGGCACCCGGUCGCCCGGGCCUCCCGUCGAAACUCUUCGAUGUGGCCUUCCCCGGCGGGCAUCUCACCGCAGUCUCCCCUGUUACGCCCUUGGCCGAUGCCCUGCACCACUCGGCGGUGGCCAGUCCACCGGGCCCCGGGACCACUGCCUCGCCCUCCUUCCCUUCGCCAUCCCUCACAUCGCCGGGGAUCGCGUCAUUGCCGACGUCCGCGGCGGCCUCGGCGUCCAGCACAACGGCCCGGGCCGUCGGCGGUGCCCUGCCCGGGGGGCUCUCUCUGCCGGACGCCUGCACCGGGGUUCUCUUUUGCAUUUCCAUCCACGACUAUGCCGCGGCCAGUGCCCUGCUGCACCCGUUCCUGACGCACCCAGUGCCCCGGGUGCAGGAAAUUGCCAACCUCUACAACCAGAUCAUCUACAUCGACUAUGUGAUCACCUCCCUGGCGUUCCUCCACAACCCACAGAUCUCCAAGUUGCUCAUGUCCAACCUCCUGGACACGGUCAACCGCCUGAAGAGCAAUCCCUGCGAGGCCUUUCUGCUGUUGGACUUCCCGGAGUGCAUCGACUGGCUGACCGUGCACUUUGGCGGGGAGAUGCUCGAGCAGCUGUACUGCUUGCUCUGGUCCCGGGCCAUGGUCAUGAUCAUCUAUCUGGAGCUGAUGUCCAAGCGCUUCGACCAGUUUGUCACGUCGCCCGCGUCGCUGCACAUGGCCGGCGAUCGGGCGCCUUCCGCGGGGGCGGCCGGGUCGCCGGGUGCGCUGGCGCCCGGCAGCGAGGCGGCCAAUGGCCAUGGGGCUGCCGCCGGGGCAGCCGGCCCGAAGGCCUCCCCGGCUCCAAAAGCCAGCCCGCCUGUGCCGGAUUUCAUCGAGGACGAGACCAUCGCCUUCCCGUCGGACUCUCCUGUCGAGGGGUUUGCCCCCGCCUUUGCCGGCGGGCCCGAAGCCACCCCGGGGGACUUCGCGACUGGGAGGGUGGCGGCCGGCCCGUCCGGCGCCCAGGGGCCAGCCUCGCCGGACAUGGACCCCGGCGAGGCGCCCCCUCAUGCGGAUCCCUACAGCCGGCUGUUGGAGUUGGCCCAGCGGAUCGCGCAGUUCCUCGGUCGCGGCCUGCCGCACCCAUCCUUCCGGCCCCUGCGGCAAACGCUCCUGCACGAAUGCUCGGCGCUCCUGUCCCUGGCACAGGCCAUACGAUCGAUCGACCUGUUCAACUUUCCCCAGACGGCGGUCAACCUGUCACGCGCGCGGCACAGUCUGCUGGCCUGGUCGGAGCAAGUGGCGCGCAUGCAGGCCGAGGUGCAGGCCGCGGCCGCGGCACUGGCCCUUGGCGGUGCCGGACUGGUGCCGGCCUCGGUGCUGGGAUCGGCCUCCGGGCCGGGCAUCACGGCCGUCAUCGGCGCGCAGGCGCCUCCGUCCUGGGGCCCGAGUGCGCCCGGGCCGGGGCCUGGCCACGGGGCAGGGCCGGGCUGGCCGGAGGGCAGCCCGCCGGCCACCGGCGGCGAGCCUGCCCUUUCGCAAUCCCCCUCCGGGAAUGGGGCGUCCCCGCUCGGGGGGCUGACGCUGCGCGGAUCCAAGAGUUUCUUCGGGCUUCGGACAUCCCUGUCCAUGCACCCCCCCUCGUCGAGUAGCACGCCCAACCUCGGGUCCGGCGGGCUUGGGUCGCCGGGUUCGCCGCCCUACCCCCCUCACCAGCAUGCCAGUGCCGGGGCUGGGCCCGGGGGUGGGCCGGCAGCCGGGGCUGGGUCUGCCACCCCGGGUCCCGGCUCCCACCCGUCAGCCGGCCUGCCAGGCGCCGGGGUGUUGCCUGGCGGCGGGGCCGCUACCCCGGGGCUCGGCUCGACGCCAGCUGAGCUGGUAGCCACCCCGAUCGAUCCACCCGCCCCGCAGGCCUUCUCCGCCUCCUCCCCCUCCUCCUCCUCCUCCUCCUCCCGGCAGCAGGCCAACUACUCGCUGUUGGCGUCGCUCAUCGGCGGCCCUGGGCUGGGGGGUGGCCAUGCGCCGCCGCCCCCUCCGCCAUCGCCGCCGGGCGGCCCGGACUCGGGCCCCCACCCCGCUGGGGCCGGGGCGGCCCUGGCGCCCGGUCCCCGGGGCGCCGCAUCGUCGCGACUGCUGAUCGACCGGCUACGCGAGCGGACCCUGGUGGCUGGCCGGACGUCGGGCCCGGCAGCAGCAGCAGCAGCAGCAGCAGCAGCGGCAGCAUCGGCGGCGGGACCGGCGGCGGCGGCGUUGGCGACCCCAGCGGCGGCGGUCGCCCCCGGUGGCAUGGCCACAGCCGCUCCCCUGGCCGAGGUGUUGCAACACAACCAGUGGCUGACCCAGCCGCUGGCCUUCGUGUUGGCUUUCGUCACGGCGCCCAUGGUGCCCGGAUCGCCUGGGCCCCUGGGCGGCGAGCCGGCCGGGGGGAUCGCCCCGGGGCCGGGGCCGGGGCCGGGGCCGGCGGGCGGGGCCUGGUCGGCAGCACCCCCGCCGCCUGCGCCCUGCCCGGCGCACGAGUGGAUCGAGCAGAUGCUGGAGCGUCUCCUGUCCAAGGGGACACUGGUGUACUCGACCACGCUGCGGUACAAUGCCGACCUGCUGUCCAAGCACCCGGCCGCGGCCUUCACCCUGGCCACCGCCGGGGGGGCCUUGCCCGGGGCCGAUCCCUGGAGCAGUGGCCUGGCUGGGGGCCUUGCGGCGGUCUCCGGGUCGCCGGCCGACAGGGGCCCCGGGCCGCCGGACGCCGGGGGCUUGAGCUCGCCGGAGGGCGGCGGUGGCCCGGCCGCUGUCGGGCCGGCCGAUGCCGGGGGCUCUUCCUUCCUGGCCCGACUGUCCAGCGACAGUCUGGGAUCGGUGUUGGCCGGGGACCCGGGGCCCGGUGUGCCGGCCCCGGCCGCGGGGGCCACCAUGCGGACCGAGUUCUUCCUGGACCCGGAGGACCUGCCGCGGGUGCGUCUGCCACUCUUCGGGGUCGGGGGCCUGGUCCGCCCGGACCUGGUGGCCUGCCUGAUGCAGUUCCAGCAGAAGGUCGACGCGGUGGCGGUGGCCCUGAUGCACUACGACGCGGCGGCCGCCACCCAGACGCCGGGCGGCCGGCGCUUCGACAUAUCGGGCUACGUGCCGCCGGGGCUGGUCCGGCCCGGGCUGACCGGUCUCGACACCCUGCCGGUGCUCUUUGCCCAUCCGGGCCCGGUGCCGAAGGUGCACCUGCCGAACAUUGCCAGCUUGGUGCUGGAGCAUGCGCACACCGGCGGCGAGACCGCCGAGCCGGACUUCUUCCACGACAAGGUGGCGGCGGCCACCUACUACAUCAUCCGGGCGGAUGCGUGUCUGUUCCUUGUGGCCAUCCUCGCAGAUAAGAAAAGUGUGGCCGCCUCGCUGACGGCCGCAUUGUCGGUGGCCGCAGCGGCCGGGGCCGCUCCUGCGGCCGGGUCCGCGGCCGGGCUGGCCUCGUCCACAUCCUCCACGUCGUCCGUGUUUGGCCCUGGCCCGGGGGGACCACCCGGGCCGGGCCUACUGUCACCGUCAGCCUCGGAGGCCCCGCCAAUCACCCCGCAGGGCGCCGCCUCGCAUGGCGGCGGGGGAUCGACCGGCGGCGGAGCGGCACCCACCGCGCCACAGGCCUCGGCAUCCACAUCAUCCCUGGCCUCGACCACAUCGAUGCAUGAGGCCGGGGGCCGGCCCGCGGGCUCUGGGCCCGGCGGGGUCCCCGGCUCCGGAGCCACCGGCCCCGACGGCGGUCUCGCCACGGUGCCUUCCGGCGGCGGCGGCGGCGGCGGCGGCGGCGGUUCCUCCGGCCCCGGCAGCUACCGCCAUGAUGCGGCCAUCGACUUCCUGACCGCCCUGGCCGAAGCCCUGAAGCCGCGGCAGCUGUUCAGCCAGCCGCGAAGCGUGCACCGCGGCGGAGCCAGCAUGCUGCCGCCGGUGGGCCUGGCCGUGGCGGGGCCGGCCACCCUGCAGCCCCCCUCGGCCAGCGGCAUGGCCGGGCCCGGUGGCGGGACCUCCCGGCCCCGGCCCGGCCCGGUGCCGGCCUUCUCGUGGCGGGGCUGAGGUAAGGGCUGUGGUCCUCGUUGAUCACGCGAUAUACACAUAACACCAGCACCGAUA